AACACCUUUUUUUAAACAUACUCUGUUUCCUUUCAGGCGUUUCCACAAACACCUACCUUGUGGGCAAUCUUCACAAUUCUGCAUCCCCAUCGCCAUGGCCAGACCACAACAGAGAUACAGAGGCGUCCGACAACGGCAUUGGGGCUCUUGGGUCUCCGAAAUCCGCCAUCCAACCCUUAAGACCAGAAUUUGGCUGGGGACGUUCGAGACAGCAGAAGACGCUGCGGUGGCCUACGACGAAGCAGCAAGACUAAUGUGCGGGUCCCGAGCAAGAACUAACUUCCCGUACAAUCCCACGGCAGCUCAGUCGUCGGCUUCGAAGCUCUUAUCGGCGACAUUAACGGCUAAAUUGCAGAAAUGCUACAUGGCGUCGCUUGCCCAAAUUAAAAGAACGGUGGCGGCUCCUCCUCCCCGACCGGCGACGGCGGCGUAUAAUGACGUAAGCAUUUGGUCAUUGCCGGAGAAGAAGAAGAAAGUUGUUGAGAGCAGCGAGAGGUUGAAGAUGCUUGAAGAUGAAGACAUUGAACAAAUGAUUGAAGAACUCAUCCAUUACGGCUCUAUUGAGCUCUGCUCUUCUAAUACUAUCUAAUACCCAUAUU